AUGCGCGCGGAGGCAGAGGCGCUGUCCAAGUCGCUGGAUAAGCUCACGGGGAGACCAGAUUGCACCUUCUCCUCCGCGGAAGAUAACGGGAUUUUUCUCCACUGCACACCAGAGCAUCUAUCCCACCGAUCCGACUGGUGCUUCGUCUUCUACAAAGCGUUUUUUUGUGGAGUUUUGGGUUUUUGGAUACUGAAAACUAACUUCAUCAAUGGAUUAUCAGAGCGUGCAUUGGGACUGAGGAGUGCUCUGACAGACAGCCUGCCUUUCCUGUCACGUCAAUUCUCUGGAGCUGAGGGACAGUGGGCCAGGUUUCCCGUGUGGAAUGCCUGCUGUGAGAGUGAAAUGAGCUUCAACAUGAAAACCAGGAGCUCCCAGGGGCUGGUGGUUUACUUUGAUGACGAGGGAUUCUGUGACUUUUUAGAGCUGCUUAUAGUCAAUGGUAAACUCAGCCUUCGUUUCUCCAUCUUCUGUGCCGAGCCCGCCUCCAUCCUUUCUGACACCGCGGUCAACGACAGCCAGUGGCACAGCGUCACAAUACGGAGAAACUUCAAGAACACUACUCUGGUCGUGGACGGUGAAGCAAAAUGGGUGGAGGUGAAGUCCAAACGGAGGGACAUGACUGUGUUUAGUCACCUGUUCGUUGGGGGGAUUCCUCCGGAGUUACGCUCUGUCGCCCUGAGGCUCACAUCUGUGGUGGUGAAGGACGAGCCGCCGUUCACAGGGUGGAUAACCAAUGUGACUGUGAACAGCACUGAGGCUCUGCUGGUCAACAGUGACGGCGUGCUGCAGGAUGCGUGUGGAAGUGCCAACAUGUGCUUAAAUGGAGGAGUGUGCAGCCUGAUUGACGAAGAGCCCACCUGUGACUGCUCCCACACCGGCUUCCAGGGCAAGGACUGCAGUGAAGAAGACGACCCAAACGAAGGUCUGGCACACCUGAUGAUGGGCGACCAAGGGCAGAGAGGAGAAUCUUGGCUUCUCAGGUCCCUGCUGAGCAUUCAAGGUAAAGAAGAGUACGUCACAACCUUCAAAGGAUCCGAGUUCUUCUGCUACGACUUGUCCUUGAACCCCAUUCAAAGCAGCAGUGACGAAAUCACGCUGUCCUUCAAAACGCUGCAGAGGAACGGACUGAUGCUGCACACGGGAAAAUCAGCUGAUUACGUCAACCUGGCCCUGAAAAACGGCGCUGUGUCUCUCGUCAUUAAUUUGGGUUCUGGGGCCUUUGAGGCGCUGGUGGAGCCGGUCGCUGGGAAAUUUAAUGACAAUGAUUGGCAUGAUGUGAAAGUUACACGGAAUCUCCGUCAGCACUCAGGCAUUGGACACGCUAUGGUAACGAUAUCCGUGGAUGGGAUUCUGACCACCACCGGAUACACGCAGGAAGACUACACCAUGUUAGGCUCCGAUGAUUUCUUCUACGUCGGAGGCAGCCCAAGCACCGCUGACCUGCCCGGAUCUCCGGUCAGCAACAACUUCAUGGGCUGCCUGAAGGAGGUUGUGUACAAAAACAAUGAUGUGAGGCUGGAGCUGUCCCGACUGGCCAAGCAGGGUGACCCCAAAAUGAAAGUUCACGGCACUGUCGCCUUCAAGUGUGAGAACGUGGCCACCCUGGACCCCAUCACUUUUGAGACCCCCGAGUCUUACGUCACCCUCAACAAGUGGAACGCCAAAAAGACCGGCUCCAUCUCCUUUGAUUUCAGGACCACUGAGCCAAAUGGCCUGCUCCUCUUCAGCCACGGCAAACCCAAGCAACCGCCAAAGGACUCCACGCCGGUGAACCCCCAGUCUCUGAAGGUGGACUUCUUUGCCAUCGAGAUGCUGGACGGACACUUGUAUCUGCUGCUGGACAUGGGCUCAGGAACCACCAAGACCAGAGCCGUCAACAAGAAGGUCAACGAUGGGGAAUGGUACCAUGUGGACUUCCAGCGGGACGGCCGAUCAGGUACCAUCUCCAUCAACACGUUGCGGACAGCCUACACUGCCCCUGGAGAGAGUGAGGUCCUGGACUUGGAUGAAAACUUAUACCUGGGUGGGCUUCCGGAGAACAAGAUGGGCCUGGUGUUUCCUACGGAAGUGUGGACCGCGCUGCUUAACUACGGCUAUGUGGGCUGCAUCCGGGACCUGUUCAUUGAUGGACAGAGCAAGGACAUACGCCGUCUGGCUGAGGUGCAGAAGGCUGCGGGGGUCAAGCCGUCGUGUUCAAAGGAGCCAAUGAAGCAGUGCCUGAGUAACCCGUGUCAGAACAACGGCGUCUGCAGAGAGGGCUGGAACCGCUACGUGUGCGACUGCUCCGGGACUGGUUACCUCGGCCGCUCCUGCGAACGAGAGGCGACCAUCCUGAGCUACGACGGCAGUAAGUUCAUGAAGGUGCAGCUGCCCGUGGUCAUGCACACCGAGGCUGAAGACGUGUCCCUACGCUUCCGCUCUCAGAGGGCCUACGGCAUCCUCAUCGCCACCACAUCCCGGGAGUCCGCAGACACCCUGAGACUGGAGCUGGAGAGUGGACGAGUGCGCUUGACUGUCAACCUAGAUUGUAUCAGGAUUAACUGUACAUCCAGCAAAGGCCCAGAGACUAUUUUUGCGGGUCAGAAUUUGAACGAUAAUGAGUGGCACACAGUGAGAGUGUUCAGGAGAGGAAAGAAUCUCAAACUGACCGUGGAUGACCUGCCUCCUGUGGAAGGUCAAAUGGCGGGCGACCACACUCAGCUGGAGUUCCACAACAUCGAGACGGGCAUCGUCACAGAGAAGCGCUUCAUGUCCAUGGUGCCCUCCAACUACAUCGGCCACAUCCAGAGCCUCGCCUUCAACGGCAUGGCUUACAUCGACCUGUGCAAAAACGGCGACAUCGAUUACUGCGAGCUGAACGCUAUGAUCGGAUACAAGAAUAUCAUCGCCGACCCCGUCACCUUCAAGUCUCGCUCCAGCUACGUGACGCUCUCCACACUGCAGGCCUAUUACUCCAUGCACCUGUUUUUCCAGCUCAAAACCACCUCGUCUGAUGGCCUGAUCCUCUACAACAGCGGAGAUGGCAAUGACUUCAUAGUGGUGGAGCUGGUGAAGGGUUAUCUGCACUAUGUUUCUGACCUGGGCAAUGGUGCUCACCUGAUCAAAGGAAACUCCAACAAACCUCUGAACGACAACCACUGGCACAACGUCAUUAUCUCCAGAGACACCAACAACCUGCACAUGGUCAAGAUCGAUACCAAAAUCACCACGCAGACCACCACCGGGGCCAAGAACCUUGACCUCAAAGGAAACCUGUACGUGGGCGGCGUGUCCAAGGAGAUGUUCAAAGACCUGCCAAAACUGGUGCACGCCAAGGAGGGUUUCCAGGGCUGCCUGGCCUCUGUGGACCUGAACGGCCGCCUCCCAGACCUCAUGUCCGACGCACUGGACUGUGUGGGGCAGAUUGAGAGAGGCUGUGAAGGCCCCAGCACCACGUGUCAGGAGGACUCGUGCGCAAACCAAGGCGUGUGUCUGCAACAGUGGGAGGGCUUCAGCUGUGACUGCAGCAUGACCACCUUCGGAGGGCCCCUCUGCAACGACGGGUUUGGUGGAUACCAGGCACUGGUGCGGGAUGACUUGGAAACGAUUGGACACCUGCAUCGUUAA